CCGUGAUCGUGAUUGUUUGUGUUUUCUCGUUCUCCGACGAGUCCGACCGCUACGUUUCGUCUGGUUUCGUCAUCCGUUCCUCGAGGACCUCGAGAUCUCGUCCGGAGUUACGAUUGCAUCAUGGCACCGAUCGUCGUACCGGCGGUAUUGCGAUUUAGUCGCGUGACGGCCGAUAAUUUAUAUCAAAUCAGUAAAAGCCUAAACAGAUUACCACGCGCAUCUUACGCAUUUUCCUGGCAAAGGCAACAUUUUGGUACAAUAACGGAAGAAAAGAAGCCAGACGCCACCGACGUAUCCCACGUAUCAGAAGCUACCACAGAAAAUGAGAAGAAACUGAAAACAGAACUUGAGCUCAUCAAUAAAGAGCUUGCCGAGCUUAAGGAAUCUAGAGACACGCUGGAAGAUAAAUAUAAGAGAGCAUUGGCAGAAGGAGAAAAUAUCAGGAUUAGGCUCACUAAGCAGAUUAACGACGCCAAACUUUUCGGCAUUCAAGGUUUCUGUAAGGAUCUCUUGGAUGUAGCCGACAUAUUGGGGAAAGCUACCGAAAGUGUACCAAAGGAUGAGAUAACGGAGCGGAACCCGCAUUUGAAAAGUUUAUACGAGGGUUUGGUCAUGACGGAAGCUCAAUUACACAAGGUUUUCAAGAAGCACGGAUUAGUCUCACUGAAUCCAGUAAAUGAAAAGUUUGAUCCUAAUGAGCACGAAGCAUUAUUUCAACAAGAGGUUGAGGGCAAGGAACCUGGAACAAUUGUAGUUGUCUCGAAAGUAGGAUACAAAUUGCAUGAAAGAAUAGUGAGACCAGCGUUAGUAGGUGUUGCUAAAGGAUAACUAAUGUAAAGGUAGAUAGAUAGAACAUCCACUGAUAAAUUGUUAAAUGACGAAGUCUAAUACAAGAUAUUGAUGUACAUUAUAA